CGCUCGCAUCGCAUGCGCGUGCUUCUGCCCACUGCCCCUUCACACAGACCCUUCACUGGCAUCCUGGAGGGCAGACCCUCGCUCCAGUCCCGUCCUCGCCACCUCCCAAACGGCCACCAGCAGCCAGGAGAAGCACACCUUCAGAUCCAGAGCACCAGACUCCACCACCUGUGUGUCAAGGUUACCUAUGAACCUUGGUGUUUAGGCAAACCGCAUCUUAUCUAGUUGUACCAAAUUGUCGACGGUUGAUGCUGCAACACAAACGGGAUCCAGGACUAACACAAGAAGACUUGGGAGAGAAAUAAACAACACGCUCCACUCUGUAGGCUCCAUUCUGACAGCCCUCCUCAGUAGCUGAGUGGACAAGGAGAGCAAGAGGCAGAGGAAAAGAAGGCAAAAAUUGUAGCCUGAAAGAGGUGAAGGUUUUAAUCCAUUCCACAGAUUUUGAGUGGACUGUUCGCUCACCCUGAGAGACCAAAGAACAAGUUGCUAGUCACCAUCGUCCUUUCAUAGUCAUGGCGACCACGGGCAUGCAACUUCUUGGCCUGGUCAUGUCCCUCAUCGGCUGGGUCGGCGGCUUCCUGGUGUGCAUCCUCCCCAUGUGGCGCGUCACCGCCUUCAUCGGCAACAACAUCGUGACGGCGCAGAUCACGUGGGAGGGCCUGUGGAUGAACUGCAUCGUCCAGAGCACCGGCGAGAUCCAGUGCAAGGUGUACGACAGCCUGCUGGCCCUGCCGAGCGACAUGCAGGCCGCCCGCGGCUUCACCGUGAUGUCCGUGCUCCUGUGCUGCCUGGCGCUCACCCUGGGCGUGCUGGGCAUCAAGUGCACGAAGUGCGUGGGCCACCCAAGCCUGGAGGCACGUCUGGCCCGAGUGGCCGGCGCCAUGUUCGUCAUCGCGGGCUUCCUCUACCUCGUGCCCGUCUGCUGGGCCGCCCACUCCAUCAUCAGGGAUUUCUACGACCCGUUUGUGGCGGCGCCACACAAGCGUGAGUUGGGGCCUGCGCUCUACCUGGGCUGGGGUGCGUCCGCCCUGCUCCUGAUCGGCGGCUCCCUGCUCUACGCCGGCUCCAGCCCCCCAGGGAUUCCCUCCUCGCCCACCUUCAGCAGUGGGGAGAGCAGCCCGCGCCGGGGAGGGGGUGCCACACAGGUCAAAGGUUACGUCUAACAUCGCCGAACAACAGCUCUCACCCCAGGGAUCCUCUCUCUUAGUAUUCCCAAUUGUAAUAGAUUGAAUUUUAAUGUUCCUAUAUGGUAUUUUGUAUCAUGAUCAUGGCCUUGGUUACUGUCCAAUGGAGGUUGUGAAGAGAAAUGUGAAAUCAUGUAAUUAUUCCAACUCUUAUGUCCUUCAAUAACCCUGUCUAUGUGUGUGUAUAAAACAAAUAAAGUCCUCCGUCCUUUAAAA